AUGGUUUUCUCUUCUCUUCCAGUGAAUCAGUUUGAUUCACAAAACUGGCAGCAGCAAGGGAACCAACAACAGAUAGACCGUGUCACAACUGACCAGAACCCUAAUUUCAGUUUACCACAGUUCUCAUCACCGCCAGCUUCUCAGGCUGGCUCGAGCCAAACCAGAGUGAAUUCAAUGGUGGAACGUGCUCGGAUCGCGAAAGUCCCAUUGCCUGAAGCAGCUCUAAAGUGCCCUAGAUGUGACUCCACCAAUACCAAGUUCUGUUACUUCAAUAACUACAACCUUACUCAGCCUCGUCAUUUCUGCAAGACAUGUCGCCGCUAUUGGACACGUGGCGGUGCCCUGAGGAAUGUUCCUGUUGGAGGAGGCUUCAGAAGGAACAAGAGAAGCAAAUCCAACGGAGGAAGUGGCGGCGGGAGAUCCAAACCUACGGUUGUGAUCUCGGCUGAUAACAAUACUAAUACUUCGUCGCUUACUUCUCACCCAAGUUACUCAAACCCUAGCAAGUUUCUUAACUACGGCCAAAUCCCGGGAUUUAAUUCCAACUUACCAAUCGUGCCUCCUCUGCAAGGCCUUGGAGAGUACAAUUCAAGCAAUAUUGGAUUGGAUUUUGGCGGAAUUCAGAUAAGCAACGCCAUGAGCAGGAUGAGCUAUAGUAGUGGGAUCUUGGAUCCAUGGAGAAUGUCUUCAUUGCAACAAGGUCAACAAUUCCCUUUCUUGAUGAACACGACAGGCUUGGAGCAAUCUUCAAAUGUGUUAUAUCCAUUACCAGAAGGCAGUGGAGGUGUUAAUCAAGCUGAUCAUCAACAAGAGAGUAGUGAGUAUUCCAAUCAGCUAAGGUCAAAGCCCUUGAUGGAUAUGGCUUCAAGAGGGGAUGGCGCUGGACAACCGAGAAAUGUGAAGGCGGAAGAGAAUGAUCAAGUUCCGGAUAGGAAUGGGAAUGGAGUGAAUAACUUAUCGAGGAACUUUUUGGGGAAUGUUAACAUAAACUCGACGGGGAAUGAUGAGUAUGCAACAUGGGGAGGUAAUAGCAACGUUAGUAGUUCUUGGACCGGUUUCACCUCCAACAACUCAACAGGCCAUCUCUCAUUCUAA